AUGAAGCUCGCAGACAAGCUUGCUUCUGCGGAUAAGCCGUUCUAUACCUUUGAGUUCUUUCCGCCACGUACAGACCAGGGCUUCUCCAAUCUAUUACCCCGUAUCGGCCGCUUAGCACAACUCAAGCCACAAGCUGUCGCUAUCACCUGGGGCGCUGGAGGCUCGACGAAAGACCGCUCGCUUGAUCUUGCUUCUCUCACGCAAAGAGAAUAUGGAAUCGAUACGGUGCUGCAUCUGACAUGUACGAACAUGCAACAAGGUUUGGUGGACGACGUUCUGCGAGCAGCGAAGGCACUAGGCGUACAGAACAUCAUGGCGCUCAGAGGAGACCCUCCUCGUGGCGAAGAAUACUGGAUGCCAGCAGAUCCGCGCUUCAAGCGUGCUCGCGACCUCGUCUCAUACAUUCGCAGUACCCCAGAGUUCGCGGACCAUUUCUCCAUCGGCGUGGCAGGUUAUCCGGACGGACAUACGGACUCUGUCGUAAACACGAUGUCGGAAGAAGAGGAGAUCAAGUACCUCAAGGAGAAAGUGGAUGCCGGCGCCGAUUAUAUCGUGACACAACUGUUCUACGAUGUGGAUAACUUCUUGCGCUGGCUGAAGCGUAUUCGUGAUGCUGGUAUCACCGUACCCGUCAUUCCAGGCAUCAUGCCUCUUCAGACCUAUGCUUCAUUCCAGAGGUUGACCAAGUUGACCGGCGCGCACAUCCCCGCUGAAUUGCACGCGCAACUUGAGCCGAUCAAGACUGACGACCAAAAAGUCAAGGACUCCGGUGUCUCACUUGCCAUCUCCAUGAUCAAGCGACUGAACGAGUCCUCUGAUGUUCGUGGCUUCCACUUCUGCACCCUCAAUCUGGAGAAGAGCGUACAACGGAUCCUAGACGCCCUUGGCUGGUCAUCAGGCGCUUCGCGCGCGCAGAACAAGCUCAUCACGGAACAUGACGGCGCUCGCGGAGAUCCUCAAAAGCCCUUCCUCUUGGUUACCCCCGCCGAAGCCGCCACCUCCCUCCAAGAUUCCAAAGCACCAAAGGGCGAGCUUGGGAAGGGGGAAGUCGUAAACGCGAGCGCGUGGGAUGAAUUCCCGAAUGGACGCUUCGGCGACGUCGCCUCUCCCGCGUUCGGCAACAGCAACCAAUGGGGUGGCUACUCGUUCUCGAAUCAUAACCGAAACGUAUGGGGCGCGCCGCGCUCGCUGGAGGAUAUUACGAACAUCUUCCUCGCGUUCCUCAAGGGCGAUAUCAACGCAUUCGCAUUCUCGCCCGUGCCGCUGUCAUCGGAGACGGCGCUUAUCUUGCCACAUCUGACGAAGCUCGCCGAACGAGGCAUGUGGCCUGUUGGUAGUCAACCGGCGAUUGAUGGAGCGCGGUCGGACGACGAGACCGUCGGGUGGGGACCGAGUGGCGGCUACGUCUACCAAAAGGCCUUCGUUGAGUUCUUCUGUACGGACGACAUGGCCGACGCGCUGGAGAAGAAGGUUGCGGAGCAUGGACAUGGAGUCGUGGACUUGUUGAUGGCGCAAGCGGAAGGUGGAGAGGAGGAAGGCCAUGGAUUCGUCGAGCGCUUGCAGGGAGAUCGCAACGCAGUAACAUGGGGCGUGUUUCCUGCGCAAGAGAUCGUGCAGAGUACAAUGAUAGAGUCAGAGAGCUUCCUAUCAUGGAAGGACGAAGCCUUUGCAACAUGGUCUGCCUGGGCAGCGCUGUUCCCACCUGAUGCACCCGAACGCACAUUGCUGGAACGAGUUCGCAGAAAACGCUGGCUCGUCAACGUGACACAUCAUGACUACAAGGAUGCUGAUGCCCUAUGGAGGUUCUUGCUCGAUGAUUGA